UCAUUUAAUUUAUUUUUAUUUAAACAUUUUUUUUCUUUUCGUUUUCACAUUGACACACAAACAUCGGGGAAAAGAGGAAGAUCCGAAAAUUUUCCCAGGAAAACUCAGAUUCCGGGAAAAAGGAAAGGAAACGGAGAGGGGGGAGAAUAAGGGAAAUUUAAUCCAAUUGGAAUAUUUGGCUGAAGCUUUCCUUUUGGAUUUGUUAUAAACGAGAUACAUCCGCUUGGAAAAGAGGAGUUAAAAAUCUUAGAUUUUCACCAUUGUUCUUCGUCUUUAUUAUUCAUCGGUUUCCAGAAACAGAGAGAGUGAGGGAGAUCCGUUUCCUUAUAUGAUUAUCACAAUCUACCUGUGAUUUCUCCUCUUUCUUCGAUCUUUGUCGUCAUCGUUUCCUUGCAAUUUAUCUGUGAUUUUUCGGAAGGUAGAAGACAACAAAAGUUUGUCUUUGCUGCUGUUUGUUUGUUUUUUUUGCUGUCGACCCAUGUCUGAAACUCAGCAGGAUCAGAGCUCUAUUGUGUCGAAUCGAUCUUCCGUGAAAAUCGAAGAUGCCAUUAGGCGGAUAAAGUUGAAUGAAGGAAGUGAUGCUCAAUCCGGUCCUUAUCCUGAUCGUCCCGGUGAACGAGAUUGCCCGUUCUAUCUGAGGACGGGGUUGUGUGGCUAUGGAAGCAACUGCCGUUACCAUCAUCCUCCUUAUUUUUCUCAGGCUACUAUUUAUUACAAAGAUGAACUCCCUGAGAGAGUUGGAUAUCCGGACUGUGAGUAUUUUCUAAAGACUGGAACCUGUAAGUAUGGACCUACAUGUAAAUAUCAUCAUCCAAAGGACAGGAAUGGUGCUGGACCCGUGUUGUUCAAUGUUCUCGGUUUUCCUAUGCGUCAGAGUGAGAAAUCGUGCCCAUAUUACCUGCGGACUGGAACAUGCAGAUUCGGAGUUUCGUGCAAAUUUCAUCAUCCUCAACCUGUUAAUGGACCUUCUGCUGCAUAUGGGGUGUCUAGCUUUUCUUCUGUAGGUUUUCCCUACCUUGGCGGUUUGACAAUGAUGUCUUUGCCACCUGCAACUUAUGGAGCAGUACCACGUGCACAAGUUCCUCAGGCCUAUGUUCCUUUCAUGGUUUCUCCCUCUCAUGGCAUUUUACCCCCUCAAGGCUGGGCCACUUACUCGGUUACUCCUAACAACAUAUACAAUGUGAAAGAUCAACCUGACUCGAAUUCUUGUGCAUCAGUGCCUGUGGCUGUAACAUCGAACCACAGUUUGCCUGAAAGACGUGACCAGCCAGAAUGUCGGUUUUUUAUGAGCACUGGAACAUGUAAAUAUGGAGACGACUGCAGAUAUAAUCAUCCUAAAGAAAGGAUUUCACAAUCGCCACCAAAUCCGUUAAGCCCUAUUGUUCUACCGUCUAGACCUGGGCAACCGGCAUGUUCCAACUUUAUGACCUAUGGGUUCUGCAAGUUUGGACCAAACUGCAAAUUUGACCACUCUUUGCCACCAUAUCCUUACAACAUGGCAUUGACCAUGUCUCAUUUACCUGCAACUUAUGCUUCACCUGUCUCAACUCAUCCGAGGAUGGCUCCUCCAAGUCGAUCUGAUUCACCGCCCCUGUCUGAUACCAAACCAGCCGAGAAGAUCCGGAACCCGAAAGAGACUGAGAAGUCUGGCCUUAACAACGAACAGGUUAACUCAGAAGUGCAGGUUUCAUCCGAGAACUCGUCUUGAUCAAUCAUCACCAACAUCAGGCAUCAGCAACGGGGUAGAAUCUCCGACUCUGGUUUCUUGAGAUGAUGGGCAUGGUCUCUCUGCCAUUUGUUCUUGUUUUUGGAAGGAGGUGAAAAAUGAACAUGUUCUCCAUUUUUGGGAGUUUGGAGAUUACCUUGGCUCACAAGAAUAGGGAA